AUGUCUACUGAACUGGAAAAGAAAUCACGGAAGGGCUAUAAUCCACGAGAUAUGUGUAUCCGAGCAACUGAUAGUGUCUGGAAGGAAAAUCCAGUGAAUACCAGCGUGCUCAAGUACCGAAGUAAAGGGGUUGCUUGUCUUCCUCUCCUGCUGCCUAUAAAGUCGCGGCAUCGACUAGGCAUCCACAAGAGGCUGGCGUGCAGAUCCACUGAAACUCAGCAAGCCAAAGAACACCAGGAACCAUACAGUGGACGCUACAACAUAGCCGAGAAUACACUGUCAACUGCAGCCAACAUCCAUGAUGUUGUUGGGUGGGAAUUGGCGUCCGACGUUCAAAAGGGACAAUUUUGGACCACCAGGAUUCUCUGGAAUUUGAUCAACGUCAGCGAAUUCAUGCAAGAAGGCGCCUCUAAUACCCCCGGUUUCUCCUCGAGUACCAUUCAGUGGUACCAGCCGACUAUGAGGGGAAGAUCGCGGGGAUCUGGAAUCAUACACACUCAUUACUUCCCCAAAUCAGAGGAAUAUGUCCACCAAUCGAGGACUAUAGGUGGUUGUAUUGAUAGCUACACUAUCCGCAGUUCCCACAGAAUCACAAAAGAUGCCAAAGAGAAGGGUAGCACGCAUCUCAAGAGCUUCAAGGGCUGGACACACAAGUCUGCCAAGACAGUAUCGUCUGGCGGUCUAUCGAUCCUUGUUUAG